GUUUUGUUUACAUUGUAAAUAGAUUUGUAUUACUAAAUUUUGUAUUCGCAGCGUAUUGUAUGGAGUCCUUUUAAUAUUUAACUAUAUAUGUACACUAUAGCUAUACACACAUAAAAUGGCCGAACGUCGAGGCACUAAAGCGUUGGAGCACUGGUGCCGGCGCAUGACAGAGGGUUACGAUGGAGUCAAAAUCGAGAACAUGACAACAUCAUGGCGCGAUGGGCUUGCAUUUUGUGCUAUGAUACAUCAUUUUCGUCCGGAUCUUAUAAACUUUGAUGAUUUAAAGAAAGCUGAUAUUUACGAGAACAACGAUUUAGCAUUCUCGACAGCCGAAAAGUAUUUGGGUAUUCCAGCACUCCUUGAUGCCGCCGAUAUGGCGGCAUAUGAUGUACCUGACAGGUUAUCAAUACUUACUUACUUGUCACAGUUUUAUAAGGUUUUUGGUCAGUCACAAAAUGCAGCAACCAGAAGUAUUUCAAAACAGAGAUCCAGCUACAGCAGCACUGAACAAAAUAGCGAAGAACAAUUAUCCACAAGUAAAGAGUCAUCGCCCAAGAUGACACCAACUGUGGGCAUCCUACGACGAGAUCCCUGCCAAAAGUGUCAAUUGCCAGUGUUUUUGGCCGAACGGAUGCUAAUUGGCAAACAAGUCUAUCAUCGAACCUGUUUAAAAUGUGCUCGGUGCGCUUCGCAGUUGACGCCGGGCAGUUUUUAUGAAACUGAAGUGAACAAUGAAUACUGCUGCGAGACCUGUCCCGAUGAGGAUACGGACGUUGCUGGUGGUCCUGGUGGGGGUGGUGGUGCUGGUGGUGGGGAUGAUGGUGAUAUUAAAGUCAUUAGUAAUAAUAAUUUAACACCCAGCCAUAAUUCAAUAUCGGAACGCUUGGCAUUCUUUGAGCAAAACCGAGUUCUGCCAUCGAAAAUAAACGCAAAACCAGCUAGCACCGAAGGUCAGGAGGUCCUUGAGAGCAGUGUGAGCGAUGAGGAGAAACGGGAGCACAUAAACGGACUAGACGAUAAAAUGGCAAACAGCGAACAAAAUAAAAUUGGAAUGGUCUAUAAGCAGAAUUUGGCAUUGAGCUCAUUUUUGCAGCAAACCGUCACGGAAACGGAUAGUGAGUCAGUGGCCCAGCCAAAUGGAUCCGAGGCAACGCCCCCAGCAAUUGAGACGCCUUCUCCACGUUUCACAGUAACCGCCCAACUGAGUUUACACAAUGAAGAAGAAGCUCCUUCACUACCCAGUGACCCUGUUGUUCCUGAGUUGCCAGAGGAGACGGCGGAAGCUACCCCAGAGGCGAUAGAAAAUCCGGAUGACAGUGUAACUGCUGCCCUGCCGCCCCAUGUAGAAGAAACAUCUGAUGAUGUUAAAGAUACGGAAGAGCCAAGAAUAGAUGUCGCAUUAGAGCCAAUUGAAACAGAACAAAUAAAGGAAGAUGCCAAGCAUCAUGAUGACGAGCAAUUAGAAGAAUCCCAGAUAAAAUCUGAGGAAAUUGUAGUACCCCCCGAAUCCACAACAAACGAAAAACACUAUCCGGAGGGCUUGAAUCCAUUCGACAGCGAUGAUAGCAGCGGCGAGGAAGAAGCCGAGAGGGUGAUUGUCCCUGAUAGGACAGUCCCCAAGUCGGAAACAAAUGCUAAAACAGAUGAAAGCCUCAAUCCGUUUGAUAGCUCUGACGACGAAGUUGAACUGGAAAAACAAAGAUCCGACUAUAACAAGAAAACACCAAGCUCCAAGAUACCACCGCCACGGCCACCUCCACCUCAAAUCUCACGCAACGUUGUCAACGGUGAUCCAAGUGAAAGGCAACUGGACUCAAGUUCCUCUAGUUUGUCAUCAUCUCAUAAUAAAAAGAUACCGCUGCCAACUCCACGGACGAGCUUAUCUCAAUCGCGGACUUCCACACCGGAGUCAACGCCUGUUCAAAGUAACCGAUUUGAUAGAACCCGCGGAAGCACCCAAUCUCUACAACGUAACACCGAUGGUCGCGGCUCAAGUACCUCACUACCAUCUUCAAGCGAGGGAACAGUCCGUUCUCGAAAGACACAUCGCGCACCUGUUGCACCGAAAGCAUCUCAAGAGCUGUUUCCCUCCCUCAAGGCCGCCGGCAGUGGCGAUAUUAUGAACUCAAACGAAAGUCGUCAGAAUUCUCCAAAAUUAUCUAACAAAAAACGUCAGGCGCCCGCUCCACCUAAGCCAGCGCGAUUGGACACAUCUGAGGCGGCCGAGGCUACGAGUGAUUCAUUACCAAAUACCCAUCGGCGAAUGAUUCCCCUUGACCAGAGUCUUCUAGCCGAUGAUGUUGGCAGCCUUAGUAACUGCGAUGACGACCUGAAGCAGCAUGUGAAAAACGAAGAGGAUGUGGUUUAUCGUCGCAUCUUAGUGCCGCCAGCCAUCGAGACUCCCACUCACGGAGAUAGCCAGCCACUGAGCCACAAUCGUCAACUCGAAAAGCUCAAGGACAAUAAGGAAGCCCAAAAUCGCACUCGUCAAACUCAAGUAGUGAAGACACCUCUAAGUAUUGGUGGUGGACAAUUUGCCACUGCGACAGAGUCGCCUGGUUUCUACGACAAGUCCAUACAUGGCAAAUGGAAACGUCGGAAGGGGCCAGCUCCUGGAGUCCCGAUACCGCCGCGUAAGCUUCCACAGAUGCUACCGCUGCAAGAGAUUCGACAUGAACUAGAAAUUAUCGAAGUCCAGCAGCAAGGCCUCGAGAAGCAAGGAGUAAUUUUGGAGAAGAUGAUACGAGACCGUUGUGAGGGAUCUUCGUCCAUUGAGGCUGCUAAAUCGAAUGAUACACCCAGUGGAUCGCACGCAGAAAAUUCCGCAGCAUCGUCUGCAGUUGAACAAGCUCAAAAUUCUAAAGAAGUGGAGGACCUUAUAUUGCAAUUAUUUGAAUUGGUCAAUGAGAAAAAUGAACUAUUUCGUCGACAGGCAGAGUUGAUGUAUCUCCGUCGACAACAUCGGUUGGAGCAAGAUCAAGCAGAUAUUGAGUAUGAAAUACGAGUAUUAAUGGGGCAACCAGAGCAAAACAAAACCGAUUCGGAUAAAGCGCGGGAGGAGCUUUUAAUAGCCCGUCUCGUUGAAAUUGUCGAACUGCGGAAUGAGGUCAUUGAUUGCCUAGAAACGGAUCGUCUGCGAGAGGCCGAAGAAGAUUUGAGCAUUAAGGAACGCUUGCAUCUAUAUAAUGCCAAACGUGAAACUUCCGCCAUACUCGAGAAAUCCAAAACUCCAAACAUCAAAUUGUCAAAAAAGGAGAAAAAACAAUUGAAGGAAGUGAAAAAAUUAAGCAAAAGUAAAAAUCAUGAUCUUGAUAAAGAUGCUGACGAGUCAGAGGUGAAAGUAGCUCUGGACAAGGUGAAGAAAAAACGCAAACUGUUUUUCUAAGGUCGCAUACAAAAACUACAUGUCACAUGGCCAAAUGAUGUCCGGCAAUACAGUAAUCUUUUAAUAUACUAUAAUUUCUUAUCCGUUGUCAUUCCUAAGUAGCUAAUUCAUCCAGGAUGUGUGGACAAGUCUGCUAACCUGUUUUAACUGCAAUUCAACAUUAUUAUGAAUAAUGAAAAAAACAAAAUUUCAAGCUCGUGUCAAGUGUAACUUUCCAUGUCUAGGUUUUUUUUUAUAUACAUAUAUACAAUAUAUUUUUUUGCAUAUUAUUAUUAAAGUUAUUUUUAUACAAUA